CCUCUUUUUUUUUUUUUUUUUUUUUUUUUUUGGUGUUACCUGAGUAACCAUUUCACGGAGAGAUUAUUCAUUCAUGCUUAUUUUGAAUUUCAGUAAGGACAAUUUUAUGUGAAGGUGGAGUACCACAGAGGCCGGUCGUUUUUGUUACUAGAAAGAAACUGGUGAAUACAAUUCAGCAGAAGCUCUUCAAAUUGAAUGGUGAACCGGGAUGGGUCACCAUAUAUGGAAUGGCAGGCUGUGGGAAGUCUGUAUUAGCUGCAGAAGCUGUUCGAGAUCAUUCUCUCUUAGAAGGUUGUUUCCCAAGUGGUGUACAUUGGGUUUCAGUUGGGAAACAAGAUAAAUCUGGGCUUCUGAUGAAACUGCAGAAUCUUUGCGCACGGUUGGAUCAGGAUGAGAGUUUUUCCCAGAGACUUCCACUUAAUAUUGAAGAGGCUAAAGAUCGUCUGCGUGUGCUUAUCCUUCGCAAAUAUCCAAGGUCUCUAUUGAUCUUGGAUGACAUUUGGGAUCCUUGGGUGUUGAAAGCUUUUGAUAAUCAGUGUCAGAUUCUUCUUACAACCAGAGACAAGAGUGUUACAGAUUCAGUAAUGGGUCCCAAAUACGUAGUCUCUGUGGAGAGUGGCUUAGGAAAAGAAAAAGGACUUGAAAUUUUAUCCCUUUUUGUUAAUGUGAAGAAAGCAGAUUUGCCAGAACAAGCUCAUAGUAUUAUAAAAGAAUGUAAAGGUUCUCCCCUUGUAGUAUCUUUAAUUGGUGCACUUUUACGUGAUUUUCCCAAUCGCUGGGAUUACUACCUCAGACAACUUCAGAAUAAGCAAUUUAAGAGAAUAAGGAAAUCUUCAUCUUAUGAUUAUGAGGCUCUGGAUGAAGCCAUGUCUAUAAGUGUGGAAAUGCUCAGAGAAGACAUCAAAGAUUAUUACACAGAUCUUUCCAUCCUUCAGAAGGAUGUUAAGGUGCCUACAAAGGUGUUAUGUAUUCUCUGGGACAUGGAAACUGAAGAAGUUGAAGACAUACUGCAGGAGUUUGUUAAUAAGUCUCUCUUAUUUUGUGAUCGGAAUGGAAAAUCAUUUCAUUAUUAUUUACAUGAUCUUCAAGUAGAUUUUCUUACAGAGAAGAAUCGCAGUCAGCUUCAGGAUCUACAUAAGAAGAUGAUCACUCAGUUUCAGAGGUAUCACCAGCUACAUACUCUUUCACCAGAUCAGGAGGACUGCAUGUAUUGGUACAACUUUCUGGCCUAUCACAUGGCCAGUGCCAAUAUGCACAAAGAACUUUGUGCCUUAAUGUUUUCCCUGGAUUGGAUUAAAGCAAAAACAGAACUCGUGGGCCCUGCUCAUCUGAUUCAUGAAUUUAUGGAAUACAGGCAUAUAUUGGAUAAAAAGGAUUGUGCAGUCUGUGAGAAUUUUCAAGAGUUUUUAUCUUUAAAUGGACACCUUCUUGGACGACAGCCAUUUCCUAAUAUUGUACAGCUGGGUCUCUGUGAACCGGAAACUUCAGAAGUUUAUCAGCAAGCUAAGCUACAGGCCAAGCAGGAGGUCGAUAACGGAAUGCUUUACCUGGAAUGGAUAAACAAAAAAAACAUCAAGAAUCUCUCCCGCUUAGUUGUCCGCCCCCAUACAGAUGCUGUUUACCAUGCCUGCUUUUCUCAGGAUGGUCAGAGAAUAGCUUCUUGUGGAGCUGAUAAAACUUUACAGGUGUUCAAAGCUGAAACAGGAGAGAAACUUCUAGAAAUCAAGGCUCAUGAGGAUGAAGUGCUUUGUUGUGCUUUCUCUGCAGAUGACACGUUUAUAGCAACCUGCUCAGUGGAUAAAAAAGUGAAGAUUUGGAAUUCUGUGACUGGGGAACUAGUUCAUACCUAUGAUGAACACUCAGAGCAAGUCAAUUGCUGCCAUUUCACCAACAGGAGUCAUCAUCUUCUCUUAGCCACUGGGUCAAGUGACUUCCUCCUCAAACUCUGGGAUUUGAAUCAAAAAGAAUGCCGAAAUACCAUGUUUGGCCAUAUAAAUUCAGUCAAUCACUGCAAAUUUUCACCAGAUGAUAAGCUUUUGGCUAGUUGUUCAGCUGAUGGAACAUUAAAGCUUUGGGAUGUAAAAUCAGCAAACGAGAAGAAAAGCAUUAAUGUGAAACAGUUCUUCCUAAAUUCAGAGGACCCCCAAGAGGAUAUGGAAGUGAUAGUGAAAUGUUGUUCAUGGUCUGCUGAUGGUGCUAGCAUAAUGGUGGCAGCAAAAAAUAAAAUCUUUCUUUUGGACAUUCAUACCAGUGGCCUAUUGACAGAAAUCCACACAGGCCAUCACAGCACCAUCCAGUACUGUGACUUCUCCCCCCAUAACCAUUUGGCAGUAGUGGCUUUGUCCCAGUACUGUGUGGAGCUCUGGGAGACAAAGAAAGUAUGUAAGAACUAUGAUAUAGUGUUAAAGCAAGAAGUAGAUGUUGUAUUUCAAGAAAAUGGAGUGAUGGUCCUCGCAGUUGACAAUAUAGGACGUCUACAACUCAUUAAUGGAAAAACAGGUCAGAUUGAUUAUCUGACUGAAGCUCAAGUUAGUUGCUGUUGCUUAAGUCCACAUCAUCAGUAUGUUGCAUUUGGAGAUGAAGAUGGAGCCAUUGAGAUUUUAGAACUUGUAAACAACAGAAUCUUCCAGUCCAGAAUUCGGCAUAAGAAAGCUGUACGGCAUAUCCAGUUCACAGCCAAUGGGAAGACUGUUAUUUCAAGUUCUGAUGAUUCUGCAAUUCAGGUGAGAGGGAGGAUGAACUCCUGACAUAUGUAAUGCUGACUCAAAGGAACACUUUGAUUAUGCCUAAAAUCUGAUGUGCAUUUUAAACCUAUUACUUUGGGCAUACAAUCAUAUUAUGCACAUGGGCUUAGAUGAAACCUAUUGAUGUUUCUCUAUGGAUGAGGCAGGCAAUUUUACUAGAAUCCUCUACUGGAAGGUUGUUUAUUUUGAUAAUUAAGGGUUCAUUUGAGUUUUCCUGCCUGCCUUGGUAUUUGGAUUUGUAUCAGUAAGUAUACUUUUUGCUAUAUUUAUGCAAUUUAAAAAAAUUUUUCUUUACAGUAGUAAAAUCUGAUUGAAAUUAUUGAAAUCAUUUCAUGCUUUCAUUGUGAGAAAAAAAUGUUUAUUAUGGGAAUGAAAUCCUGUGAGAAAAUAAUAGUUUGUCAUAAUGAAAGAUUAUAGACAUGGAGGCCUUAAGCUGUAUAUUUUUAAAUUUACUUGAUUGUUAUUAAAGUUCCAAUGGACAUACUUUUAAAAUUCAAACAGUAUUACAAGGCUUAUUAUGAAAAAUAGACCCCUUCUUCCAUUCUCAUUCUCAUGAAGCACUUUUAGCUUUUGGAUGUUUCUUUUGAAAUUUACCUUCAUGCCUCCAUAUGGCAUGCUUAUAGUGCUAUUCUUGAUUUUCCCGUUUGAGGAAUUAUCUACUGACAUCUCUACAGUAAGAUGAGGAUUUAGCUGUUUUCCUCCUCCCACCUGUCCUACCUUCAACAUAUGUGCAUGCACAAACACCCAUUUAUCAAUCCCCAUCAUCCCAAUACACUUAACAGCGAAAUUUUGUUUACAUCCUUAGUGUCAUUAUUAUGACUGUGCAUACUAAGGGUACUGUGAGUGCGUUUCCUGCCUUCAUGUGGUUUAGGAAAAUUUGACCUUUGGGUGUAGUUGGAUAUUAUUUUACCCUAGAACUUUGAAGACAUUGCUCCAUUUUCUUCCAAGGUCCAAAGUUCAUGUUCAAAAGUUUGAAGCUGCUUUGCUUUCUAAUCUUUCUCUAUGGAAGAUUUUAGGAUCUUCACUUUGUCCCCAGAAUUUUGAAAUUUCAUGAUGAUGUGCCUUGGUGUGUGUUUUCCUUCAUUUGUUUGAAUAUUUAGUAUCCCUUCUUAAUUUGGAAACUUAGAUUUUUAAAUUCAAGGAUAUUUAUUUGAAUUAUUUCUUUAAUUUUUUGGUCCCAUUUGCUUUCUUUUUCUGUAGCACCUGUUAUUCAGAUUUAGAUUUCCUGGACUAUCUUCUAGUGUUCUUGUCAAUCAAUCAAUCCAUCAGCCGAUGUGGAGAGAGUAUAGUUUUCUUUUUUCAUUUCACAUUUCAUCUUUCUAUGUUGUGCUCUAUUUUCUGGGAGUUUUUUUCAUUUUUACCUUCUAGCUCUUUUAUUGAGUGUCAUAUUUCUACCA